AUGAUUUCAUACGUGGAAAAUCAAUUUCUUUUACAUCAUUCUACUUAUUUAAACGAAAAUUUUUUAGAUAUUUUAAUAAUCUCGUUUCAACAUGAACCAUGGAAAAGGUUACAAGAAUUUUGUUUGGAUCAUAUUUGUCCAAAUCCUUCAAUGAUUUUAACAUCACCAAAUUUUCUCUCUUAUUCUGAGGCAAUUCUAUCGGGAAUAUUACAACGAGAUGAUUUAGUGAUGAAAGAAAUUGCAGUCUGGGAUAUGAUAUUAACAUGGGGAAUAAAUCAAGAACCAUGUUUAGGAGAAUAUGAUGAAGGGAAAAUGAUUAGUCAGAUAGUUGAAAAUUGGAGUGACGAAGAGUAUGAAAUUUUAAGGGAAAGAUUAAAGAAUUGUAUUCAAUUUGUAAGAUUUGGUGAUAUUUCCCCAGAAGAAUUUUUUGUCAAAAUUAAACCUUUAAAGAAAGUAUUUCCCGAAGAUUUAUAUGAAGAAAUUUUAUGGAAAUUUAUUAAUCCAAGGAACGUUAUGGUCAGAAAUCAUCAAGUUGACACCGCUAUUUACAGUUAUGCGAAUUGUGGACCUCAAUGGGGAGGGAAUGACUUGAGAGCCUGGGGAAGUUUUAAUGCUGAUUGUUGUCAAUGUGUUCAUUAUAGAUUGUUUAAAGCGCAUAUAUACAUUUUACGUGCCGUGUGUCCUUAUUUUCAUGCCGCUUUUAAAGAAGAUUGGUGUAAAAAGGAUGAUAAUGGAAUUCUUGUGACAUCGGAUGAAUUAAUCCAUCAUGCCAAUAUUGAAACGCAUCUAAUUAAAUCUCAUUCAAAGUAUUUAUCACAAAAAUUUUCACAGGUUCUUCAUAUAUCAUUUGAACAUCCAUUAUGGAAUCAACUUCAAGAAUUCUUGGCUCCCAAAUGUUAUGCAUCACCCCAAUUG